UAAGAAAUAACUAAACAAGUUUCUUGUAAAAACCGAAUCAGGGGAAAGCGAAAACAAAAAAAAUUCAAAACUUCUACUUGGAAUACUCGUAAAAGUGGAUGGUUCAGUUUAUAAUUAGAUUUUCGUUGUCUCAUCACUAUUCUUAGAACUAGAAGAUUCCAAUUGCCUCGACGCGAAAUAAUUUUUCAAUCCUCAAAACAAUUCAGACCCAUCAAAGCCUAAUAAGAUUUUUCAGAUAGACACGGCAACAUGGCAGAAAAAUGUGUGCGACUCCAAACGAGCGUUUACCAUGUUACCAGAACAAUCCUGAACGCCUCCGCACUCGACAAAAAAUAAUAUUAUUUCAUGCUUGAAUGCCGACUGUUUAUGGUCGAGCGCGUCCAAAGUCAAUAUUCAAAUGAGCGGCGUACAACUAGAAAAAAACAAGAUUGCUGGACUGUAUACGCUUGGGGUGCGCGCCUUCGCAUCGCAUUGAAAUUUUUAUUUACAAGAAUUCCAUCCACAACGCGGUCGCGAUGUAUGGUUAUAAAUUCAUUGAAAGCUUGACCAGAAGGAAAACUGAUGAUUUUGCUCAGAGUGACACACCCUUUAAGCGUUGUAUGAACGUGUUUGAUCUGACAGCUCUCGGUAUCGGUGGCUUGAUAGACGCAGGGCUAUAUGUUGUAAUCGGUCAGCUUGCGCACUCGGUUGCGGGUCCAGCCGUCAUCGUGUCCUUCCUAAUUGCGGCUGUAGCUUCCCUCCUGGCCGGUAUGAAUUAUGCGGAGUUUUCGUCCAGAGUAAGCCGCUCCGGUUCUGGCUACAUCUACACGUACGUUGGCAUGGGAGAGAUCUGGGCCUUCGUGACCGGCUGGUGUAUGAUUACCGAGUAUGUUCUGUCCGCCGCGUCCCUGGCAUCGGCCUGUAGCGAGUACAUUAAUUUUCUCUCCAAUGGUUCUGUGUACAAAUUCUUCGAGGAUUCAUUCGGCCUUUGGCAAGCGCCGGCGCUUUCAGAGCUUCCCGAUCUUUUAGCCUUUACGUUAGUUUUUUUAGCGACAAUGAUAAUCUGCCUGGGGGUGAAAGAGUCCAAAACCAUACUGGACGUGACAGUCUUUGCCAACCUGCUCAUAGCAACUUUCGUUAUCUUUGCCGGGGCCUACCAUGCCAAUGCUUACAACUGGUCCACUUUGGAGAAGUUUGCGCCGUACGGCUGGACAGGUAUAUUUAAAGCUGCCUCUAGCUGCUUCUAUUGCUUCAUAGGCUUCGAUACUAUACCAAGUGCGAGCGAGGAAGCUGUCAACCCCAAGGUGUCUGUACCACUGGCUAUUCUUCUGUCUUUGGGAAUAAGCCUGUUUGUUUACAUCGGAGUCAUCGUAGUUCUGACCAUGAUGGUUCCUUAUUAUCAGUUAAAGGACCUUGCACCCGUCGCCGCCGCCUUCGCCAAACGUGGAUUUGCUGCAUCAACGUACAUCGUUUCCGUUGGCGCCUUAUGCGCGAUGCUGAGUAGUUUGCUGGCAGCGUGUUUCGCGACACCGCGUCUGAUUUACGCUGUUGCGUAUGACGGUCUCAUUUUUGGUUGCUUCACUAAAAUAAACAAGGACAGACAGGUUCCAUUGCGAGCUGUGGCUGUCAGUGGAGUUCUGAGCGCGCUGCUUGCGUUUCUGUUUAACAUGCAACAGUUAGUGGAGAUGAUGGCCAUUAUGACCCUUAUAACUUACACCAUGGUGUCUAUAUCAGUGAUACUUACUCGCUACCAAAAAAAUCCCCAGUGGGUAUGCUAUGAAGAGCAGUUAUUGGAACGAACGCAAUCUUGGCUUCGAACGUUACUGAAGAAGAGAAGGAGAGGAAAGAAUGUCAACUACAAGAAACUUCCGCUGUCCGAGAGUGACAGUGUCACGACAACCUGUCACGCUAGUCCAAGCGAGUGCUCUAACACCAUAGUGAAUGUCACGGUAUUCGUCAUGAUUCUAUCCAUGUUUGCCGUUUGCGUAUAUCUCAGAACUUGGAUGACUAACUCAGAGAAUAUUGAUGCUUUCACGAUCUUCCCCGUGGCGCUUUACUCGUCCAUCACAAUAGCCUGUCUUAUAGUUCUUCUAUUUCAGCCCCGGAACAGUGCUACUUUUUCGUUUAUGGUUCCAUGUGUUCCUCUUCUUCCAUCACUCAGUAUAUUUAUAAACACGUUUUUGAUGACACUGUUUCAAACACACACCUACAUAAAAUGUACAAUUUGGAUAACCAUAGGAAUGUUUGUGUAUUUUUUGUAUGGAUAUCACAACAGUAUUGAGGGAAAGAGGCCCAAAAGUGUAGAACUGGAAUUUGAACCAUUACCUAGUAUACCAGUUACACAAACAGAUGCCAACCUUCCCUUGAAAAAGAGAAAUGGCGACAAAUGAAGAGAAUAUAAAGAAGACAGUUGAGACUUCCAAGACAUUCCUACAAGCUUUGAAUAAAACAGCUGGAGUAGAUAGAGAACUGCUGGUCUUAACUUUUCUGCUUUUUUAAAAUUUUCUUUGUGUGACAUAUUAGUUGAUAACUGAAGUGAAAUUUCUUUAACCCUUUAAAUCUCAAGAUCUGAUAGUUAAUUCUCCCCUCCACCUGCUACACAUUUCCUUUUAAAUUA